AUGAGACAGGUAGAAAAAAACGUGAACCUUCAGGCUUCAAAUUCUGAAAUUAGAAGAAAGAUGAUUGAAUUAGAGGCUGAGAAAAAGAAAUUUAAUCUGGAAAACAGAAUGUUCGAAAUGGAAAAGAACAAGUUAGAGUUUGAAAUGCAAAUAGAAAGAAAAAAGUGUGCACAAGAACAAAAGGUUCAAUAUACCUCAGAAACGACAGUGGUAGUGGCAGUAUUGGACACUAACGAUCUGAGUCCACUAUUCUAUCCAACAGAAUACAACGCAACUGUAGCAGAAGACACUCCAAUCCAUCAAAGCAUUCUCAAAGUUAUAGCCGAGGAUGCUGAUUUAGGUAGAAACGGUGAAAUUUAUUAUUCUUUCGAGGAAGAAACUGAUAAAUUCGCCAUCCAUCCUGUUACUGGAGUCAUUACUUUAACCAGGCCUUUAAUAUAUAAUGAAGGCACUUAUCAUGAACUCAAAGUCCACGCAGAAGAUAGAGGCAUGCAAUCUCAAUCAGGGCUAGGUUUUAGUAUAGCACAAGUGCACAUAAGAGUCAAAAAAGUCAACCUCUACGCUCCUGAAAUCCGAAUCAGACGUCACCCUUCAAUAGUAGAAAACAGUAAUGCCGAUAUUUAUGCUAUCGUCAACGUAAGUGAUAGAGAUAGUGGUAUUCAUGGAGAAAUUGACAGACUAGAAAUCGUCGAUGGAGAUCCUGAUGGUCAUUUUAGAAUAAGACCUACUAGACAAAAAGGAGAAUAUAAUAUUGAGGUAUUGAAGCUACUCGAUAGAGAAAAAACACCUCAAGGCUAUCAACUACAACUCAGAGCAGUAGACAAAGGAAUACCUCCAAGAGAAAGCUACAAGUCGGUGCCAGUCCAACUAGCAGACCUCAACGACAAUGCUCCAAUCUUCAACAAAGAAAUUUAUGACGUUAAAGUCCAAGAAAGCGCUCCCAUAAACACACCUCUAAUAAGAUUAAAAGUGACCGACACAGAUGAAGGUAGAAACGCUCAAGUUUCUUUGGAAAUCGUUGGAGGCAAUGAAGGAGGUGAAUUCCAUAUUAAUCCGGAAACUGGAAUGUUGUACACAGCAGUACCAUUGGACGCUGAAAGUAAACAGUUUUAUAGUUUAACAGUUUCGGCGAUCGAUCAAGGCAAUGUCGGCACUAGAAAACAGUCAUCAGCCAAGGUAAAAAUCUACGUCGAAGACACUAACGAUAAUGACCCAAUUUUCGACAAAUCCGAAAUGACUGUUUGGAUAGAUGAAAAUAUGCCUGCAGGUACUUCGGUGACCACUGUCCAUGCAAAAGACAGAGACCGAGGCGAGAACGCUUAUAUUUCAUAUCUUAUAGCAAAUUUGAAUAAGGUACCAUUUGAAGUGGAUCAUUUUUCUGGAAUAAUUAAAACAACGCAGCUGUUGGAUUAUGAGAGUAUGAGGAGGGAGUAUGUUUUGAGGGUUCGUGAUAUUAACGACAACAGACCCCAAUUUGAAAAAAUCGAUUGCGUAGGCAACUUACCACGUAAUACUCCUAUAGGAAGUGAAAUAAUCACCUUAUCAGCCAUAGAUUUUGAUUCUGGCAAUAUUAUAAGCUACAGAAUAGUUUCCGGAAGUGAAGACAACUGCUUCAAUAUAGAUUCCACUUCCGGAACAAUUACGAUUUCUUGUGAUUUGAAUGACGUUCGAGUAAACGAAAGAGAACUAAAUGUGACUGCUACCGAUAAUACUCAUUUUGCCGAUAUUGCUAGAGUGAGAUUUAAGCUAGUAAAUACUAAGAAGAACGCUUUUAGUAGUGGAAGAUUAUUAUCAGAUGAUACUGGAGCUUUUGAUUGCAAAGACACUGGAGUUGCUAGACGUUUAACAGAAGUUCUGGCAGAAGCCGAAAACAACAACGGUCCAUUAGAAAUGGAAGAUUUUCCAAUGAUGCCGACAAGAUACGGCCAGAAUGUGCACGCCCCUGAGUUUAUCGACUUUCCCAUAGAAAUUAAAGUGAACGAGAGCGUGGCUAUUGGAACGAUAUUGGUCAAGCUGAAAGCCAGAGAUCGGGAUUUGGGGUUCAACGGCGAAUUGGUUUAUGGAAUAUCGGGAGGCGAUACUCAUUCGCAGUUCGACGUCGAUAUGAAAACGGGCGAUUUAAAAGUUAUCGGAUAUUUGGACAGAGAAAAAGAGUUUGAAUAUUUUUUAAAUAUUACCGUUUACGAUUUGGGGAGGCCUCAAAAAAGCUCUUCUAGAGUUUUGCCGAUUACGGUUUUGGAUAUCAAUGACAAUGCGCCGAAAUUCGAAAAAUCUUUGGCUAGUUUUAGAGUAACUGAAAACGCUCUGAAUGGAACUGCAAUAUUUAAAGCUAAUGCUACUGACUUGGAUGAAGGGGACAAUGCUAAGGUUACCUAUUCAUUGUUUACCGAUACUAAGGAUUUUAUUGUUGAUCAAAUAAAUGGUGUUUUAACAGUUGCUAACACUUUGGACAGAGAACGACAAGACUUAUACGAAAUUAGAAUAAGAGCGACAGAUAAUGGAGGUAAAGGCCCAGACAACCCUCCACUAUUUUCUGAAGCUAUUGUACGCAUAUCGAUAGAUGAUAUCAAUGAUAAUGCUCCAAAAUUCAGCCUGCCAAAUUACAAUGUAAAAAUCAGAGAAGAUGUGCCUGCUGGUACUGUUGUCGCAAUAGUAACAGCCUCAGAUCCAGACUUAGGUCCAGAAGGCGAAGUUCAAUACUCCUUGGAAGACAGCGACAGCGAUGGUACCUUUAAAAUCGACAAACUUUCAGGUACCAUCCGUACCAUUAAACCUCUGGAUUUCGAAGAACGGCAAGUUCACAGUCUGAUGGUGUUUGCUAACGAUCGCGGAAACCCGAGCUUGUCUUCGGAAGCUACCGUUACUGUUAACGUGGUGGACGUAAACGAAAAUGUGCACGCGCCGUUGUUUAGUGACGCAGUGUUGACCGGAAGUGUACGCGAAAAUCGACCGGUCGGUACGGUCGUUAUGAAUGUGAGUGCAGUGGACUUGGACCCGCCCGGUGGUGAUUCUAUGGUGGAGUAUUCGAUCAAGGAGGGGGAUGGAAUUGGACUCUUUAGCGUUGAUAAUGAAGGAAAUUAUGAAACUUCAUUUAAAAAAGAUUUCGUAGAGAAAUCAGACAUGUUUGUAUCUUAUGAUAGUGACGUCAGAAAAGAUAGAUCAGAAGUAAACCAGUGA